AUGGCUUACCAAGUCUUGGGGAUAGCGAUCAUCGCUGUCAUUUUCGCUAUAUACAGAUCCCUCAACGCGACUGAUGCUCCGAAGAUCAAAGGCAUACCUGAAAUCCCCGGUGUUCCCCUCUUUGGCAACUUGCUUCAGCUUGGAGUUGACCACGCUCGUGUUGCACAGAAAUGGGCGACAAAGUAUGGGCCUGUUUUUCAGGCUCGCCUGGGAAAUAGGCGCAUUCUCUUUGUGAAUUCCUACGAGACGGUGAAGCAUUUCUGGAUCACCCACCAGUCGUCUCUCAUCUCUCGCCCUACCUUUCACACGUUUCACUCGGUAGUUUCCUCAUCUCAGGGAUUCACAAUUGGCACCUCACCCUGGGACGAAUCCUGCAAACGCCGCAGAAAGGCUGCUGCUACAGCAUUGAACCGCCCAGCAGUCCAAUCUUAUAUGCCUAUCCUCGAUCUCGAAUCUACUGUGAGCAUCAAGGAGCUCCUCAACGACUGUAUGAACGGCUCGCAGGACGUGGAUCCAAGUCCUUACAUGGCACGAUUUGCACUCAAUACGUCGCUGACCUUGAACUAUGGAUUCCGCAUUGACGGCAACAUUGACAACGAGCUUUUGGCGGAGAUUACGCACGUCGAGCGCGAAAUCUCUAACUUUCGAUCAACAAGCAACAACUGGCAGGACUAUAUUCCUCUCCUACGCGUCUUUGGCAAGGUAAACAGCAAAGCGGAAGAAUACCGAGUCAGAAGGGACAAGUACUUGACAGACAUGCUCAAUGACUUGAAGGAGCGAAUUGCCAAUGGCACUGACAAGCCAUGCAUCACAGGAAAUGUCCUCAAGGAUCCAGAGGCAAAACUGAACGAAGCCGAACUUAAAUCUAUUUGCUUAACAAUGGUUUCUGCCGGCUUGGAUACUGUGCCUGGUAAUAUUGUUAUGGGAAUGGCGUAUCUAUCCACCAAAGAGGGUCAGGCGAUUCAAGCAAAAGCCCUGCAGGCCAUUCAAGAAGUAUAUCCCGAUGGAGAUGCCUGGGAGAAAUGUCUUGUUGAAGAAAAGGUUCCCUACGUCACGGCGCUGGUCAAAGAAACACUCCGUUUCUGGACUGUUAUCCCAAUUUGUCUUCCUCGAACGAACAUUAAAGAUAUUCCUUGGAAGGACUCUGUCGUCCCCGCUGGAACAGUCUUCUUCAUGAACGCUUACGCAGCCGAUUACGAUGAAUCUCGAUAUAAGCUUCCUUAUCAAUUUAUUCCUGAGCGAUUCUUGGAAGACACAGAGAUUGGUACACCGCAUUAUGCUUAUGGCGCAGGGUCCCGGAUAUGCGCCGGCUUUCACCUCGCCAAUCGAGAGCUCUACACGGCUUAUAUUCGACUCAUCACAAGCUUCCAGAUUGUCCCGUCCGACGAUCCUUCUCAGGCUCCCGUCAUCGAUGCCAUUGAAUGCAACAGCAUGCCUACUUCGUUGACAACAGACCCGAAGCCAUUCAAGGUUGGAUUGAGGCCUCGAAACGAAGCAAAAACUAGAGAGUGGAUUGCAGCAGCAGAGGAGAGGACUAAGGAUUUGUAA